CCGCCCUGCGCCGCGCCGCGCCGCUCGCCGCGGUGCUAGCACUGACGUGUCUCUCGGCCGAGGUGCAGCGCUCCCGAGCGGGCUGGGCCGCGGACAGCCUCGCUUCACUCGCCCCGGAGCGGAGCAGAAGCGGGAUCCGGAACCCGAGCAGCCGCCGCCAUGGCGAUCAAAUUUCUGGAAGUCAUCAAGCCCUUCUGUGUCAUCCUGCCGGAAAUUCAGAAGCCCGAGAGGAAGAUUCAGUUUAAGGAGAAAGUGCUGUGGACCGCAAUCACCCUCUUUAUCUUCUUAGUAUGCUGCCAGAUCCCUCUGUUUGGUAUCAUGUCUUCAGAUUCAGCCGACCCUUUCUAUUGGAUGAGAGUGAUUCUAGCCUCUAACAGAGGCACAUUGAUGGAGCUGGGUAUCUCUCCCAUUGUCACCUCUGGCCUCAUCAUGCAGCUCUUGGCCGGCGCCAAAAUAAUUGAAGUUGGUGACACCCCGAAAGACCGAGCCCUCUUCAAUGGAGCCCAGAAGUUAUUCGGCAUGAUCAUUACCAUCGGCCAGUCCAUCGUGUACGUGAUGACAGGAAUGUACGGAGACCCUUCCGAAAUGGGCGCUGGAAUCUGCCUGUUGAUCACCAUACAGCUCUUUGUUGCUGGCUUAAUUGUCUUACUUUUGGAUGAACUUCUGCAAAAAGGGUACGGCCUGGGCUCUGGGAUCUCCCUCUUCAUUGCCACUAACAUCUGCGAGACCAUCGUGUGGAAGGCGUUCAGCCCCACCACUGUCAACACUGGCCGAGGAAUGGAAUUCGAAGGCGCCAUCAUUGCACUGUUCCACCUACUGGCCACACGCACUGACAAGGUCCGAGCCCUUCGAGAGGCCUUCUACCGCCAGAAUCUUCCCAACCUCAUGAAUCUGAUCGCCACCAUCUUUGUCUUUGCAGUGGUGAUCUAUUUCCAGGGCUUCCGCGUGGACCUGCCCAUCAAGUCCGCCCGUUACCGAGGCCAGUACAACACCUACCCGAUCAAGCUCUUCUACACCUCCAACAUCCCCAUCAUCCUGCAGUCCGCCCUGGUGUCCAACCUGUACGUCAUCUCCCAGAUGCUGUCCGCCCGCUUCAGCGGCAACCUGCUCGUCAGCCUGCUGGGCACCUGGUCCGAUACUUCUUCCGGGGGCCCGGCCCGUGCGUACCCGGUGGGCGGCCUUUGCUAUUACCUGUCCCCACCGGAAUCUUUUGGCUCCGUGUUAGAAGACCCUGUCCAUGCUGUGGUGUAUAUCGCGUUCAUGCUCGGCUCGUGUGCGUUCUUCUCCAAAACGUGGAUCGAGGUCUCGGGCUCGUCUGCCAAAGACGUUGCAAAGCAGCUGAAGGAGCAGCAGAUGGUGAUGAGGGGCCAUCGAGAGACUUCCAUGGUCCAUGAGCUCAAUCGGUACAUCCCCACCGCCGCGGCCUUCGGCGGGCUGUGCAUCGGGGCCCUCUCCGUCCUGGCCGACUUCCUGGGCGCCAUCGGGUCUGGGACCGGGAUCCUGCUCGCGGUCACGAUCAUCUACCAGUACUUUGAAAUCUUCGUGAAGGAGCAGAGCGAGGUCGGCAGCAUGGGGGCCCUUCUGUUCUGAGCCGUGUCUGCCCGGAAUUGCCGGGGAGGGGAACAGCAAGGCCUCACCGUGGGGUGCUCCUCACAGGGAGUGCUGCUGCGGCACCGGGACUUUUGUUUAAUAACGUUUUUGAAUUUCAUAUUCUUUCAUUCCACUUUGUAAAGUGCUAGAAUUUUUCCAGUUUGAAAUUUUGCUUUUUAUGCUGGCAUUGGCAAAGAGAACGGUAGAAGGGAGGUUUUAUGGAGCUGACUGCCAGAGGUGGGGACAGUAAAGGACUGUCCCCAAGUGUCCGAGUAACUUUUGUUGUAACCUUUGCACCUGCUCAGUGCCGUAGGCGGCUGCAGUGGUCUGAGCUCUUCCCCCACCAAGGGAACGUCUUUUUGGUUAGAAGCACAAACCUCAUAGCCGUGUCUCCCAUCGUGGCCAUAGGGCACAAGGCUGAGAGCAAAUCUUGUUUUCUGGUGGACGUGACUCACUAGUGGGUCCCUAUCACAAUCAGGGGUAAGAAUAUCUGGCUUCAUACUGUUUCUCUGGAAGACACCAUCGUUUUCCCUUUUUAUAAGUAGUUUUUUAGGAACAAGCCUCUUCCAAAAGAAAGGGAUGGGUUUUCCAGAAGGCACUCUUGGGCCAUCUGUUAAUUUUUCUGCAUGUGCCUGUUGGCUGUUCUCGUUGACCGUUCUGGUCGGGCUUUGAGGCUGAAACGCACGGAGUCGGCUUGGCUCCAUCGUGUCGUCUGUCGUCAGUUUGUGUCUCUGAUUGAGCGAGGCCAGGAUUCGCCAGCCUUACGGAGUUGCGCGUGGCCCAGCCAAGUGGACGUUGUCCGGAGGCCCCUCGACGUGAGAUGUGUCUGUGCAGUCCUGGUGGUUGUCGCGGGCCGGGCCUCCCGCUCGCCCCUGGAGACGGCCUCACACGGGGAGAGACGGCAGCUUCACUUUCGCAGGCCCCCGUACCUUCCAGGCUGAGGACUUCCCAUCGUGUCGGUAGCACUGGUUUUUACUGUGCCUAGGACCAAACGCAUGUUAAGUAAAUGACCAGAUGCCACCGGUCUCCUCUUAACUUCCGCCAGCACCGCCCCGCAGAGAAGAGGGCGCAGGCCCCACAUCCGUGGCGAAAUCAGGGUCAGAGAACUUAGGUUUUUGUUUUUGUUUUUUAGUAAGUGCUCCAGUGUUUGAUAGGGAAAGACUCAGGACGACGUCUAAAAUGAGUUCUGUUUGUAGUAACAGGGGACCUAGGUUUUAGGCGGUGGAACCUUUUCUGAGGCCUGCAGGGAGGCUCCUCGGGGGGCAGGCGGUGCUUGGCAAAGCAGGGACAGCAAGUCGGGCGCCACGAGCCUGAGGAGCUCUCCUGGAGGAUGCCCCAGUUCUAAGAAGGGCCCGGGGCCCUGCGGGGAGAGACGCCCCACCCGUAGCAGGCACACAGUGGCCUUCGAAGCACAGAGCCACGGUCACGACUCAGCAGAGCCGAGCCCGAGUCCUAGGACACCUCACUCACAGCGCUGACCAGGAAACAAACCGACCGAGGGACAAGAAGCGACUUGCCUAAAGCCACCCGGCAAGUCAGCAGCAGAACCAGGUUGGGCCCGACAGGUCUGUCGACCCCCCCAGUCCAGGGCAUCCCACCAUAUCACACGUGGCCUUGUCAGACCCAGUCCUGAGCAGAGACGCGGUGCCUCCCCGCAGCGCGCAGUCUGCUCGGCCCACCCACGGGCACGCUGUGGGCGCCAGCCUUGUGGGCGGGCCCCGCGUGGCUCGUGCUCUGUGGUCCGUGAUCACGGUGGGUGGGGGCUGACCCCAGCUUCCAGGGGACUGUCACUGUGGACGCCAAAAUGGCAUAACUGAGUUAAGGUGAAUAAGUGACAAAUAAAGCCAACUUUUUUCAA